AUGGACAUCACUGGGCUCGAUCGCGCUACCGGUAGACUGGUCAUCCAGAUCAGACUAGACGAAAUUACAGAAGCGCUCGAAGGCGUUCAACUCGACGACAAUGGUACUGCAAGCUAUCGCGCUAUUCGUCACACGCUUCAAGAUCAACUAUCGAUCAUCUAUGGGCAGGAUACUGAUGACGAAAGCGACAACGGCGGUGGAGCAAGACGUACGCCAUCGAAAUCAAGCAGCGACACCUCCGCGAACAACUCCGAUGACGAAGGCGUCGUAGCAGAGGAAGCAAGUCCCACACCAGAGCUCAUUGAGGUGCCGGAGUCAGAACCCGAGCUGGAACCAGAGGCUACUGCCGAUUGUGGUGCUUGUGGUGAUACAAAGCCCGAGAAGGACACCAUCAAGCUUGAAUGCUCACAUGUUUACUGUAAGGACUGCAUCGUAGACUUGUUUCACUUCGCUAUCCACAAAGAUACCUCACUGUUCCCGCCUCGAUGCUGCAAAGCCACGAUCCCACUCAACACGAGCGAAAACGGAAUAAAGGGCUGCAAUGUCCUAUUGCCUAAAGAGCUCUUGACCGAGGUCAAUGAGAAGGAGGCGGAGCAGGAGAAGGCUCAAGAAACUGCAUGUUCUGGUGCAGAUUGCGAUCACGUUAUUGCGAAAGGAAACAUCAGUGGUGGCGUUGCGACAUGCGAGUUUUGCGAUACCAAGACGUGUACGGUAUGCAAGAACGAAGCGCAUGAAGGAUUGUGUGCCGAGGAUGAUGAUACCAAGAUAUUGAUGGCUACAGCUGGAAAGGUCAUGUGGCAACAGUGCACCAAGUGCAAGAAUCUGGUCGAGCUAGACACCGGUUGUUUCCAUAUCAUGCAAUUCGUGCACAUGCACUACGGCUCCCACUUCAACCUAUGCGUCCCCCAGGGCAAAAAAGCGGAGGAGGACAGGGAAAAUCUCCCCUUGCAUGUUCUUCUGCGCCAGUUAUACUGGUUCGGGCCGUUUCCAGACAAGACCGUCGAGAUAGCUGAUGAAGAGAUUACUAAGACUCUAGCGUCUCUGAAGAGAAACAAUCUACCAGCGCAGCAGGGAAUGUUCAAGGUCAUCUCAGAGUUGGAGCUGUCAAGGAAGGAUAACGAGUUUGUACGUAGGAUAAUGAAGAUGGACUGGAGGGAUAGACCGAGUGCGAGAGACUUGUUGGAAGAUGAAUGGUGGGAAAACGAAUGA